UUCCAUCUUUAGAUACAGUCAACAGCUACAUAACUCCAGCACUCCGUAUGAAUGAUGGAGUAUACAGUCGUAUUGUGGCUCAAUUGUGUGUCCGGGAGAAAAGGAAAAGUCGACAACGUGGUGGCUCGUCAAACCAAGCGCCAGGGGGGACUGGAUCUGAAGUGGAGGAACCGAUUGCGGAACCACCUGAAGUGCCGGAACAACCUGAAGUGGACUUGACCAUCGAUGAUGAUUAAGUCCAUGAAGUUUUAAUUCAUGAACGACCAGAGGAUAUGGAGGUUGUUCAAUCAAUGAAUAAAGACUUCGAUUCCGAUUCAAACUCAGAUGUCGGCUGCCACUCGGACUCGCACUCCAUCUUCGAUAACGACAAAGACAACGGCAACGAAAAGGAAAAGGAAGAGAAAAAGGAACAAGAAAAGGAAAAGAAGGAGAAGGAGAGAGAGAAGGAAAAGGAAAAAGAAAAAGAAGAGGAAAAUGAGAAGGAGAAGGAGAAGGAGAGAGAGAAGGAGAAGGAAAAGGAAAAGGAAAAGGACAAGAAUGGAAGCAGCAGUAGGAGUGACGAGGACGAAGACAACAAGAAAGGCAAGAAGAGAGAAAAUAAGAAAACUGAGAAGAGAGAGGAGGAGAAGGAGAAGAGGGAGAAAGAGGAAAACAAGAAAAAGGACGAAAACUGCAGUAGCAGUGACGACCAAGACAGCGAGGAGCAAACGCAGGAAAAAAGGAAGAAGAAAAAGAAGAAGCAUACGGAGAAGAGGGGAAAGAAGGAAGAGAAAACAGAAGAAAAGGAAAGAGAGAAGAGAGAAAAGCAGCGUCGGAACAGAGACACCUACAGCGGCAACUCUAGUAACAGCGAUAGUGAUAACUACACUGAUAGCGACAGAGACAUUGACACAGAGAAGGAAAAGAGGAGAAAGAAAGAGAAGGAGAAAAAAAAAGGAGGAAAACCAGAACAAGAAAAGGAACGGAAACAGCAGUAGCAGUGAUGACGACGAUGACAGCGACAGCGACAUUGACGCAGAGAAGAAGGAAAAGAAGAGAGAAAAGGAGAAGGAGAAGG